CGCAAGUUGUGUGCAAUAAGCCGAUCACAAAACCGCAGACAUGCCGCCCUCUGCAGAGCUGCUGAUAGCGCUUAUUAUUGUAACGGGGUGCAGUUUCACACUUACAGAUGCUUUCGAGCCGGACUUCCAGUAUCCCUUAGAGAACGUGACGAUAGCCCAGGGCCGAGACGCGACUUUCACCUGCGUCGUGAACAAUUUGGGCGGAUACAGGGUGGCCUGGAUAAAAGCCGAUACAAAAGCAAUUCUGGCCAUACAUGAGCAUGUGAUCACAAAUAAUGCAAGAUUGAGCGUCACGCAUAACGAUUAUAAUACUUGGACUCUGAAUAUUAGAGAUGUCAGGAGAGAAGACAGAGGACAGUAUAUGUGUCAAGUCAAUACGGAUCCUAUGAAAAUGCAGACUGCUUUUCUAGAAGUAGUUAUACCACCUGAUAUCCUAUAUGAAGAGACAUCAGGUGACAUGAUGGUACCAGAAGGAGGUUCUGCCAAACUUGUAUGCAAAGCAAGAGGUUUUCCAAAACCUCGAGUUGUAUGGAGACGCGAGGAUGGCGGGGAAAUUAUUGUUAGAGGAGGUCCUCAAGGCAAGAGCAAAACUUUGUCUGUGGAAGGCGAAAUGUUGUCUUUGACCAAAAUAACGCGUUCGGAAAUGGGCGCCUAUCUCUGCAUUGCUGCCAAUGGGGUGCCUCCAACUGUCAGUAAGAGGAUGAUGCUUCAUGUCCACUUUCACCCAUUGAUUCAAGUACCAAAUCAACUGGUUGGAGCACCCGCAGGCACUGAUGUCACCUUAAUCUGUCACGUUGAGGCGUCACCAAAAGCGAUCAAUUAUUGGACUCGGGAAACCGGUAAGUGA